AUGACAAAGACUAAAGGUCUUAGAAAGACCAAUACCGUAGGUAGUAGACCAGGUUUGGUUAAACCCAUUAUCCAAGAAACUUUAGUCAAAAAUGGUGUUAGUGACAAACUUGUAAAAAAAGAUCAUGAGAAAGACGUUAAAGGCGAUGAAUUUAAGGACCUUAAAGAAGCCGUUCAAAAAAACGGAAAAGAAAAAGACACUUCCAAAGUUUUGGGAAACGAUAAACAAAAAAAAACUAUCUUAGCUGUCAAACUUGAACAAGAAGAUCAAAUAACUUCAAAACCAAAGCCAUUAACCAUUACCACAAAUUCUACUACAACCUUAUCUUCAGCACCAGUAUUAACAUUUACAACGUCCACAAAACGUAAAAACGGUUUAUCCGAUGAUACUUUAAAGAUUAAACGUAAACUUUCUUUUGAACAGCAACAAAAGGUUUCUAAUAAUGCUCCCCCAACUCCCGACGAGUUAUCACCUAUUUCUCCGACAGCUGACGCAAAUUUAAGACGUGGUACAAAGCGUAUGCGUAGUUCUACGUCAACCUUUACGGAUCCACCCGUAGAAUCAUCUCCGGUCUUUUUGUUACUUGAUUUUGUGAAUAGUCUUCCAUCUGAUCCGAGACGUUUGUCUCGUGAAGAACUAUUAAGAGCUGGAACUUGGUUGUUUGAUACAUUGCUAACGAAAUCUUUUUCAAGACCUUUCGUUAAUCCUGUAUCUGAAGAUGCUAUAUUAUAUCGUAGUGUUAUUCCACGCUUAAUGGAUUUAACUACAGCCGAGAAAAGAUUAUGGGCUGGAAAAUAUAGGGAUCUUAAUAGUUUGUACACCGAUGUUAUUCAAAUCCUGUCGAAUGCUUUCACUUUUCAUAAUGAAGGUGAAAUUUAUGAGGAAGCAAGACAAAUGAUGCAAACUAAUACUCAGGCAAUAAAAAAGUCAAUUCCAUCUGAAGUACUUGAUCGACUUAUUAAUUUCAAUCAUGGAGUGUUGGAAUACUUUAAAGAUGGAACUAAACCAUCAACUCCUAAACUCAAUAUAUCUUCCACUACAAGAGAUUACCUUCGAAUUUACAUAACUAAAGGUGUGACCAUGAUGACCGAAUGUAUAGAUAAUCCUAAUUCUAUUGUAGUGAUCAUGGGAAAUAUGAAAUUCAUCCGUAAAGAGAAACGUUUUCGCUUUGAUGCUCUAUUUGCAAGACCAUUUGGAAAAACUCAUGAUUUGGAUACCUUUGAAUUUCCUGAUUUGAAUGACGCAAAAGGAUGGGUUCGAUGUGCGAUUUUAGCUCGACGUGAUAAUAUCGAAUUAUCAAUGGCGACUCAUUGGUUUGCUAAUAAGCUAUUACCAUUUAGCACGACCAAAUUCGAUGAAAGUACUCUUACACCUGAAUUUCACGAGGCUUACGUCGAAUCUCUUUGGCAUGAUAAGCCAAAUCUAAAAGUUGAUUCAUCUAUGAAAUUUUAUCCAAAAGAUCUUGAUGAUUCAUCUAUGAAAUUUUAUCCAAAAGAUCUUGAUGAUUCAUCUGUAAAAUCAAAAAAUCUUGACGAUUCUUUUGUAAAAUUAAAAGAUCAUAAAGAUUCAUCCAUAAAAUUAAAAGAUAAUGAAGAAUCACCUUUAAAAUCAAAACAUCUUGGAGAAUCACUUACAAAAUUAAAAUAUAAUGAAGAAUCAUUUGCAAGAUUAAAACAUCAUGAAGGUUCAUUUGCAAAAUUAAAACAUCAUGAAGAAUCAUCUGCAAAAUUAAAACAUUAUGAAGGAUCACAUAUAAAAUCAAAGGGUCAUGAAGGUUCGCAUGUAAAAUCAUCAAAAUAUCAAGAAUCAUCGGAAAUUGAACAACCAUCUCCUCCGGAGCAAAUUGCAUCAUCUAAUCACAAAUCAGUAUCUGAAAAAGUAAUAACGGUCGAACAAGUAAUAUCACUCGAAAAAAUUUCAUCUGUCAAACCAAAAAUUAUACAUGAUGAUCUUAAUGACGAACAGAAUAUUCAGAUUAAACAAGAGCCAAAUGAUGACGUAGUGGUUAUCGACGAAAAAGAAAAAAUGGCUUUGCCGAAAACGACCAAACGAUCCAGAAGAUCUAAUCGAGAAACAUACGCAUAUUUAAACAUGUUGCCUAAACGACGUACAAGACAACAAUCACAAUCUGAAUGGAAUUUACCACAUGAUUUAUUACCUCAAACCACUCGACAAUCACUGCAGCCUAAACGUCGAAAAUCUGAAAGGCCAAUAGAACGUGAAAAAACCGUAAUAACACAACCAACCGAACCUGAAGUGACUCAAUCUCAAAAUCAAGCAACUCCAUCUCAAAAUCAAGUAACUCCAUCUCAAAAUCAAGUAACUCCAUCUCAAAAUCAAGUAACUCCAUCUCAAAAUCAA